AUGAAUUGGGAAUCUAAAUACGCAAUUAACAAAGCAAAAUUUUCUAACAACGAGACUGAAAAUAAAUUUUCAAAAAAACCUGGAAUGAUUACAAUUUCUAGACCAAUUCCCGGUUCAUUAGUUCAUGAUGGCAUUAAUAGUGAACAAUUCAUAUUAUCUAAAGAUUCAACGAAAAUAAAAAACGCUUCAUCUCAUUCUCUACGAUCUUUUGACACAGUGAAACCAACAAAAAUAACUGCAAGUCGUCAUCUAUCUCUACCAGAUACUGCACGCCCAUUGAACUCCUCACCAGUUAAUGCUGAAUUGUUACCUUCAGAUUUAUUGUGUGAUUCACGUGAUAUAACUAUACACGAAUUACUUAGUUAUUAUGAAUCUUUCGCUGAAGGUGAACAGAAGAAAUUUUCCAACCACAGAGACUUCAAAGACAAAAAGUCAACAAGGAAUAGAAUUCGUUCACAUUUGGAUUACCUUCAUAAACAUGAAAGUCAGCAUUUAAACAAUUUGGAAGAAAUCAAAACGUCAUUAGAUUCCAUUAAACAUAGACGUUCAGCUAAUGAAAUCACACCAAUACGAGCAUCAGUUUGUAUAAUUGAAACGAUACAAAAAAAAUUUGUUCACGGUUUAAAAAUUUGCCUGCAAAAUGGUGAUAUUGAUUAUGCACAAUUUAUUGAUCCAUUCAAAUUGUUGAUUGGUCGUCAAAAAGAAAUGUCGAACUAUGUUAACAAAAUAUCAAAACUUUUAGAAUAUUUAAAAUCUGAAAGAUCAGAUACUCCAGAAAGUAAAUCAUUGAAUUUAAUUAGACUUCAGGAUCCAAUGACUUGGAUUACACAGACUGUUGAAAACAUAAAAACUUUAGUAAUGCUACUUGAUACAAAUUCAGUUCAUUAUCCUGAGCUUCAUAGAAUUUAUAAAACAUUGUUGGAAGAGUCACUGAAUUCAAAUGAUAUUCAAGAUGAUAAGACAAGUGAUUCCAAUCGUUUGAUUAUGCAUAGUCUAGUGGUUGAAUUAACUGGUAAAACAAAUAGCCGUAAACUGCGUUACCUGUUCCUGUUUAAAGAUAUGCUUGUCUCUGCGAGACUAAAGUUUUCAAGCGGUUUAAGAAGACAACGGAUGCUACAUGAUAAUACUUCACAGGGUGAUUCACGGUCUGAAAAGCUUUCUGCUGUUGAUUAUGACCUGGAAGUAAAAUGGUCUAUUCCAAUAGAAGAAAUUACUUUAUUAGGUAAUUCAAGAGUUGGUACUGAUGAUCGUGGCCGACUACAAAAUCAAAGAAAUCUUGAUGAAUUAAAAGAUACAGUUCGUAAUUUGCGGCAAACAAUGAGUCGUAACGUAGAAGAUAAUAAACCUUUAUCAAGGAACACGUCAAAAUUAAAUAGUCUCAGUAAAUUAGAAGGCAAACUCGUAUUGGAAACACCGCAACUCAUAUUACCAGUCGCUGACAAGACAGGUCAUGUUCAUAAUAUUCUUCUUUCAACUGAGAGAGAACGGACACAUUGGCGAUCCGCAUUAGAACAGUUGUUAGAUAAAUCGCCUCAAAAUAUUGAUGCACUCAAUUCUGUAAAACGUACAACUCUAGAGAGAUUAAACAUGGAUUAUUUAUAUUCAGUAUCUCGAAAUCGUAGUUCUUCGAAUGGAGAGAUUGGUGAACGUUUGAAGAAAUAUAAACACAUGAUCAAAUUGAACAAAGUUGGUCUGGCAUUAUUAAUUGGAAAAGAUGAACCGAUAACUGGUUAUAUCAAGGCUACAGUGCAUGGAAUUAGUGGAUUGAGUGAAAAAAACAGUUAUCAUGUUCGUAUUGAAGUCGAUUCGUAUGGUCAAUAUGAAGAAGUGGCUCGCACGCGAGUUAUACCACAAAGUAAUCCAAAAUGGGAACAGUCAUUUGAUCUAGAAGUGGAUGGUGCAUGGACAAUCUGUUUUAUACUGUAUAUUCAUCAAGAAAUGUUAGCAGAAUUAGACGUUCCCUUAGAUUUAAAACAAUUGAAAACUAAUUCACAAAUAAAUAUGAAGAUAUUAACAAACGAAAAUCCUCCACGUAAUUUAAUCUUUUCCGUAUCACUGCAAUAUAUUGAUCAAGUAAAUCUUAAUAAAAACAGACGUUCUGUAAUACGUGGAAAUCUAUUCGGACGUCCUCUUGCAGAGCUUGUAAAAUUAUCAAACUGCAUCAAUAGUAAUGAUUGGUUAACAAAGUAUAAAUCUGAAGCCUUUAUACCUCGUUUAGUAACUGCAUGUGUAGAAGAGAUUGAACGGCGGGGUUUAUUAGAAGUUGGAGUCUACCGAGUAUGUGGUUCCAAUGAUAAUAUCAAAGCUUUAAAAAGUGAAUUUGAUGAAAGUUGCACUUUAGCCAUUCAAAGAUUAUCGCUAGUUGAUUUACCGGUGAUUACUAGCUUAUUAAAACAGUUCUUUCAGCAUUUACCAGAGAGUCUGAUUGACCGCAAAACCACUAUAUCUUUGCUUCAAGCAGUCGAAAUUUCUGAUGAAUCGAUUCGUUAUGACCUCAUCAAAGAAAUCCUUUACAGCCUUCCCACUCCAAAUCUGGAAACAUUCAAUUACUUAGCAAAUCAUUUGAUCACGGUAAGUAAUUAUAAAGCGCAAAAUAAGAUGGAUUUAGGCAAUCUUUCAUUGAUAUGGAGUUACACAUUAUUUGAAUUUAUACCUGAAACCCCAAAGCGUACUGAAGCAAAUGGACGAGCUGACAGCAGCGCCUCAUCGAAAUUAAGUACGGCUGAAAUUCAAGCAGCUUUUGGUUUUCAACAGGCGAAAGCAUUAAACUGUAUCCUGACUUCAAUGAAAUCUGGAAAGCUAACAAUACCAGCACAUAGAAAUGUAAUUAGACCAAUAUAUUCAUAAAUUACUGUAGACUUGAUGCUUUUUUUUAUCUACACAGUGUAAUGUAUUUUUUAUUAUUCCUUUGAAUAAUUUUUAUUUCGUUCCGAAAUAUAAAUCACAAGAGUUUUGAUGGU